AUGAGGAAAUUGCAAAAUAAGUUUAAACGACACCAUAAACCUUCCCGUUUGGAUCACGAAGAAAAUCCAUGCCGUGGUGUAGAUAAUAUCAGUAUCAUUGUCCAUAAGAAAAAAGUGAAAAACCGAAAAUUAUACGAUCUUUUCAAAAAUGGUAAGCAGCCAGCAAUCGCAUUUCGUCUAUCACGCUCAGGCUUGCAUAAAACUAGAAAACGCCUUACUAAGCACCUCAGCUUACCAGAAGUUAAUAAAAAAUCUAAAAUAUCUAAACAUCAUACAAAAAGUUCUGACGCCAUUUUAAAGAAGAAGAACUGUUUUAAUACAAAAAUUAUAGUUAACAGAGUCUCUGGCUAUAAUUUGAAUGAAUAUUUAAGCCCAUUUAACUUUCCCACCCAAAGAAGAUGGAAAGUUUACCGCUGUCAAUUGAGCAGUCAAGAGGACAGUUGCUGCUGUUCUUGCAAUUCGGAUGCAAUGUUUGAGGUGAUGAAAAGUCUCUACGACUGUUACAAAAAGAAAAACUGUGACAAUUGCAAUUGCAUACUAUGUGGGCAUUUACCACAAGAAGAAAGACGUCUAGGGGAAAUAAAGAAAUCAAUAGCAUCACUCGGCCUUGGUGCAAAGGAAAGAAAGGAAAAAAUUAAGAAAUCUGAAAAAGCCUUACGUGGAAAGACCAAGGCAGAAAAAGAAAAGAUUUUGAAAGAGUUAGCUAAAACUGGGGAACCACUUCCGGAAGGCAAAACAGCUUCAGAAAAAUCUUUGAUCCAAAAAGUUAGGGCUGAUCUUGGACUACCUCCUGCACCAAAAACUGCAUCAGAAAAGGCAAAAAUGAGAAAAGCUGAGGAGGCAGGUGCAAUAACACCAUUAGAAGGAAAAACUCCAUCGCAGAAGGAAAAAAUCCUCAAAGCACAAGCUCAGCUUGGUAUUCCCCUUCCAGAAGGGAGAACAGAAUCUGAAAAGGCACUUAUUCAAAAGGUAAAAGCUGCUGCUGGCAUCCCAAUGCCAGAAGAACGGACGCUAUCUGAGAAAGCUGUAUCCGCUAAAGUAAAAGCAAAACCAUCGGAGGCAAAAGCUGCAGGCCUAUUAACACCUCUUGAGGGUAAAACACCAUCUCAAAAAGAAAAAAUAUUAAAGGGACUAGCCAAGCAAGGCAUUCCUCUUCCAGAAGGAAAAACGGCUUCUGAAAAAAAGUUAAUUGAUAAAGUUCGUGCUGACCUCGAUUUGCCACCUGAACCGAAAACUCCAUCUAUGAGGGAAAAGUACAUCAAAGCAGCUGAUGCAGGAUUAUUACAGCCACUAGAAGGUAAAACGCAUAAAGAAAAAGAAAAAAUUAUACAAGGAUUACAAGAAAUGGGAAUUCCAUUGCCUGAAGGACGCACAGCAACUGAGAAAGCGUUGGUAGCAAGGGCAAAGGCUGUACCUAGACCACCUUCUGUUUUAACACCGUCAGAAAAACUUCGUAAAGCAAAAGCUGCGGGGCUACUGACACCUUUAGCAGGUAAACCUCCUGCCCAACGAGAAAAAAUAUUGCGGGGUCUAGCUAUGCAGAAUGUUCCACUUCCUGAGGGCAAAACGCCCUCUGAGAAAAUGUUAAUUGAUAAAGUACGACGAGAUCUUGGCCUACCUCCUGAACCUAAGACACCAUCUAUGAAAGAGAAGCAUGCGAAAGCAGCUAAGGCUGGUUUUUUACAGCCAUUGGAAGGAAAAACGCCUAAGGAAAAGGAAAAAAUACUGCAAGGAUUACAUGAUAUGGGUAUCCCAUUACCGGAAGGUCGAACAGCAUCAGAAAAAGAUUUAAUAGCCAAAAUAAAAGCAUUGCCACGGGCACCCUCCAUGCAAGCUCCAGUAGUAGGGCCUACAGCUUUGUCCCCUGAAGAAAGACGAAAAUUAGAUGAAAAAACAGCUAAAGUAGUUAAAGAAGGGAAAGGACCAGCUGAUGAAUGCAUAUGUGGCCUUCUGACACCAGAGCAUGAAAGAGAACCCGCAAUCGCGAUAAGAAUACCGUCUGCAAAAAUGAGACCCACUAAAGCAGGUCUUUUAACACCUUUAGAGGGUAAAACGCCUGAACAAAAGGAGAAAAUACUUAGAGGUUUGAUAAAACAGGGAAUUCCGUUACCUGAAGCUAAAACACCUUCAGAGAAGAAACUAGUUAACAAAAUUCGAGCAGAUGUAAGAUUACCACCAGAGCCAAGAACACCGUCGAUGAAAGAAAAAUAUAGGAAAGCGCAAGCUAGUGGUGUUAUCACUCCAUUGGAAGGUAAAACAACAGCGCAAAAAGAUAAAAUUUUAAAGCGUCAAGCAGAACUGGGAUUAGAACUUCCUAAAGGACAAACACCAUCAGAAAAAGCAAUAAUUUCAAAAUUAAAAACACUUCCAUCACCAUCAAUUACUUCAGAAAAACUGAGAAAGGCAAAAGCAGCAGGAUUGUUAACACCUCUUGAAGGAAAAUCUCCUGCACAAAAAGAAAAUAUCUUAAAAGGCCUUGCUAAAUCUGGUCUACCAUUGCCAGAAGGCCGAACCCCUUCAGACAAGGCAAUGAUAAAAAAAAUCAAGAAAGAGAUGGGUGUCCCCGAAAGAACUCCAUCAGAAAAACUUCGAAAGGCCAAAGCUGCAGGUCUAUUAACACCUCUAGAGGGUAAACCGAAAUCACAGAAAGAAAAAAUACUUCGGGGCAGAGCAGCGGCAGGUUUGCCUUUACCAGCAGGGAAAACACCAUCUGAAAAAGAUUUAAUAAAAAAAAUCAAAGAUGACACUGGAUAUGUGACACCUUCCCCAUCUGAAAGAAUGAAAAAAGCAAAAGCUGCCGGCCUAUUAACUCCUUUAGAAGGUAAAACACCUUCCACUAAAGAGAAGAUUCUUCGUGGCAAAGCUGCUGUAGGUGUUCCAUUAGGAGAAGGGAAAACACCAUCUGAAAAGGAAAUAAUAAAAAAAAUUAAAGCAGAAUUACCAGAACUUAAACCAUCAUCAGAAAAAUUAAGGGCAGCCAAAGCAGCUGGGUUAUCAACACCAUUACAAGGCAAGACACCUUCACAAAAAGAAAAGAUAAUUAAGGGACUAGCUAAAUCGGGAUUGCCAUUGCCUGAAGGAAAAACUCCAUCGGAAAAAGAAUUGAUAGCUAAAGUAAAAGCCGAAACAAAACCUCCGUCACAAGUAACAUCAGAAAAAUUUAGAAAGGCAAAAGCGGCAGGUUUAUUGACACCACUAACCGGAAAGUCUCCAAAGGAGAAAGAGAGAAUAUUAAAAGGGUUAGCAAAUCAAGGCUUACCACUUCCCGAAGCCAAGACGGCAUCAGAAAAAAAAAUUGCAGCAAAAGUACGCAAAGAACUUGGUCUUCCACCUGAACCGGAAACAGUAUCGGAUAAGGAAAAGAUGCGCAAAGCUCAAGCUGCUGGCAUUGUUACGCCUCUCCAAGGAAAGACACCAUCUCAGAAAGAACGAAUUGUACGUGGAAUGGCUGACGCUGGAGUUAAGUUACCUGAAGGAAGGACUGCAUCAGAGAAGGCUCUCAUUAGUAAAGUUAAAGCUGAACCGACAAAAGUGCCCUCUGAAAAAUUACCUCAAGCCAAAGCUGCUGGUUUACUUACCCCAUUGGAAGGAAAAACAGACGCACAGAAAGAAAAAACUUUAAGAAAGUUAGCCGAAGCUGGAUUACCUUUACCAGAAGGCAAGACGCCGUCAGAAAAGUCUUUAGUACAAAAAAUUAAAUCUGAAUUACCAAAAACAGCCUCGGAAAAGUCUGUUGUCCGCAAGGCUAAAGCAGAAGGGCUGUUGACACCUUUGACAGGUAAGACGCCAAAAGAAAAAGAGAGGAUACUACGGGGCCUCGCCGAAGCUGGAUUACCAUUACCCGAGGGCAAAACAGCUUCUGAAAAAGAACUUGUGAAAAAAGUGAAAGAUACAGCCCCUGGAGUUCCACCGCAACCAAAAUCUGAAAAGAGAAAAAAAUCGAAAUCAAAAAAAAUUGGAGUUACCCCUUCAAAGAAACUGGCAAAAACCAUGGCCAAGGCUACUCCGGGUAUUACCCAAGAAUUUGAAGACAUCAUCAAGACAACAACUUGCGAUCGUGGCUGCGGAUGUGACAAGAAAAAAAUCAGAUUUAAGCAUAGCUACGUCAAGAUUAAAGUAACAUCUCCAGACAUAUCCUCCUUGUGUCCCUGUCCAGAUGAGUGCCUUCCCGGUGUCAAAGCGGGAGCCUUUAUUGAUAACGAGGGUAUUAAAGUAACAGUCGGCAGAGUUGGUGGCGCCAUUUCAUACACCAAUCAGCACAAAAAUAAUUAUAUAGUCACUUUGUUUGACCGAACUCUAAAGAAUAGGUGCUGUAGUACUACGUCAUCUGACACAAUAGACGCAAUCACAAAAGGCGCACCGAGCACCGUUGAAACAGAUAUUUUGAAAAGGAGUUUAUAUGAAACUUGCCCAUCCUUAAGGUAUUCAAAUUAUAACGAUAAAUUGGAUAGUGAUAAUGAAACUGUUACCGAGUGUAACAGUCAACAGAUUUGCAGCAAUAGCUGCAAAUCGAAUGAGAACGAUACAAAUGAUAGGUACGAUGACACUAAGGACACGCAACAAUGUGAAAAAUGCACCGCAUCCGAUGUGUCAGCAGUCGAGAGCAGUUGUGCUUACACUUCUUACGCAACAUCAGAAGCUUCUCAGAAUUGUGGCUGUGAAUCUUCAUCGAAUGAAAGCAUUGCAACUAGAAGCUCCGACAGUGCCAGUUUCAAUUCAGCCCUAGUAAUAAAAAGCGAGUCGUCAUUAUCCAUGGGUACAAAUCCAAAUACAAAUUCAUGUACAAGUACAGAGGCAGCCAGUGCGAUUUCGCUUUCGCAUAGCAGCAACAAUUCUGCAACUUUUGCCAGUCCUGUUUGCCCAUUUUGUAUGGAAUCCGAAGGCCGCAGCAGUAGUGACACUUCCGAAGACGAAACAGAGAGCUUUGCAAAUGAGAUUGACUGCUCGGGGACUGACGACAGCACCACAAAUACAGAGACCGGCAAUAGCUCAGAGAGUGUAGAGCCUUUCGACGGAUCGCAAUUAAUGAACAAAGAACCCGGAAUAAUACUAGGUCUAGGACAUCGAAAUGCAUGCCUUAACUAUAGACUGUCUCAGGCUCUACAUCGCACAGAAGACAAAAUGAAUCGAAAUAAAAAGAAUAUUAAUAGUCACGAACCCGUGAUAGUCAUCAAUAAUUUGAAUAGUGAGCGCGACAUAACUGCAAUUGUGGACCGACUGCUGUCAAAUAAUGAAUUCUCCGAUGCUUCCUCGAUAAUCUUAGUGGUGCCAACGUCAGAUGACAAUGACUCUGAUCGGUCGGCACAUUCUUUAAGAUCCCCUUUAUGUAUACAGCUAUCGGAACAUUGCGGCAAUUAUUAUCGCAAGCAUUGUAGCCGUCAGGAACCAGAAAUAAAGCAUGGAAGAGAUGUUCGUAGAGUAAGAGUAUCUGCCCAAGGUAAAAAAUAUUGCCUGCAAGGGAUGGCACCGGCAUCAGCACCGGCAGCAGUAUCUUUCCAUGACAAAGAAACUAUGAUUAACUGUAAGGGGCCAUUUUGCCCUACACAUAAGAGAAAACAUGCACUAAUAUACAAAAACAAACUCUGUCAGAUAACGACUCCUGAUGGAAUAUGGCAGAAGGUGUAUCACGCCGUGAGCACUGACACUACAGCCGACAGGCCAUGUUGUUGUCCUCGGAAAGAUUUAGUAAAACACCAAAAGAGAAAUUGUAAACACCGAUGUGUCUCGAGCGUAAUACGAUCUGAAGUUAUCUCGCCUCUUCUUGUGAAUAAAGGCUUAAGCUGUGAGGGGCAUCAGCUGUUACCCAACCCGAAUGUGACCCAGCAAGUAUCUUUUGCUUCCGUAAACCAAGGUCCCAAAUCAGUGGCUCCUUGUGAGAUACUUCCAUGUUCUGGAAGGUUCGAAUGCCAUACACCAAGGGAUAGUUCGGUGAUAAAUCGCCAUUCACGUGCUUCCAUUAAGCCUUGUCCAUCUGUUAAGCAAAACUCGAGAAAGAAGCAAUCACAACCAUGUCAAUGCAAUCCAGAACAAUUAAAAAAAUUAAUAGAAGAAGCCUUGCAAGUAGGAAAAGCACUGAAAUUGAUAUCAACAGGGUGUGGUGGUUCUGCUGGUAACGUAACAGAAAAGGACGUAAAAAUUGGAUUCUGUACCCCUCCAAGAGAAGACACCACGAAGCAAUGUACAUGCAGUGGUAAGAAAAAGAAAGUAAAACUACGUCCUUUAUGCCCAUGCGAACAGUUUCAACCACCCAUAUCCCAAACGGUCCCUGGCCCAAAGGAUGGCACGACGUCCUUAGGCUGCCAGUGCUGUAACUGCGAUGACUCUUCGUUAAAAUCCGAGCCACAAAUGGGUACGAUAACUGUCGUUGGUCCUGGGGGAGGACUCUCAAAAAUUGAAUCAAAAGGAACUUUUACUCAAGCAGGAAUGGUACAGGAACAAAAUGAAAAGCCCCGCAAAGAAUGCGUAUGCAAGAACAAAAAAGGAAAAAAAAAGCAAAAUGUAAAUUGUGAAUGUCCUCCUGAAGCCGAACCAGAGCUUGAUUUGGACCUCUUGUGUCAAGAGUAUGCAAACUACUUAUGGCUUCAUGAUCAAAUGGUUUCGAAGCAGAAGUCUGAUAUGACGCAAACGCAAUCUGGAUUCACAAUGUGUAAGAAGAAAAAGCCGCCUGAGGCGGAGGUAACAAUGGAUGAUGCUGUCAGGUACUACGUGAGUAUGAACCCGGCAUUGUUCAAAGAUUUGGUUCUUCCGCUACAAAACAACGAGGACUGCAGUUGCGAAGAAGAUAAAAAAGGCAAGAAUAAGAAAAAAAAAUCUAAAAAAGUGGAUUGUUCUUGUUCUUAUGAACCUCCUGAACCACCACCACCACCUGAGCCUGCGCCUCCUGAGGGUCCCUCGGGAGGGUUAAAGUUUUCCAUGUUUGGCAAAGGUUCGGGAUCUAAGGGAUUAACCGGAGUUUGUUGCUUUGACCUGAUCGAAGAGAGAAAAGACACCAAGCAAGGAACUUGGAUAUCGAAACCGAACACUAAUGAGUGAC